AUGCUGGCUCCGUUUUUGUCUGCAGAGCCCCUGGAAAGCCCUGCCUGGAUCCUCCUGCUCUGCUGGGGCCUGGCUGCUUGCUGCACAGGUGCUAUGGCCUUGCAGCCACCCAGCAUCACCACCCUGCGGAUGCCAGCAGAGCUUCCUCACCCAGGUGAGAGUGUGACUGUGUCAUGUGAAGCACUGAGUGAUCUUCCAGAGAUGACGCUGCUUUACUGGCUGGAGAACGGCUUCUUUGUGGAGAGCCUGCACCCGGACGGGGCUGUGCGUGAGGGGACAGUGCAAGAGGAGCUGCAGGGCUCAGGGUGGGUCCUGCACCGUGACCUGCACUUCAGCUCCUUCAACAAGCAGCACCUGCACACCAACUUCACCUGCGUGGUGCUCAGUCCCCUCGGUGCCGACACCAGGGAGGUCUCCAUCAUGAAGAUGACAUCUCAGUUGAAGGGAACUGCCAUUUUCCAGAGGGAGGUGGAGGUGGAGCAGCCAACAUGGAUAGGUUUGUGGCACUAGAAUGCUCCCGUAGACACAGUAGUAGCUAAGAAGAUUCUAGGGAGUGCGGAGACCAAGGCUUCGGAUCAACAGGACAGCCUCAGGUGA